CCAAAAAGUUUCGCGUCGUCCAGGCACCACCAACUACCCCACGUUUCUGUAGAUACCCUCCUUUCGCUGUCUAUCGUUUGGUCCCGUAAUGUCGUACCAAAACCCCACUCAGAUUUUCGCAGAGGACGUGACGGAAGAGAAGGGCGAGAAUGCGCGCCUCUCCGCCUUCGUGGGCGCUAUUGCCGUCGGCGACCUCGUAAAGAGCACAUUGGGCCCCAAGGGCAUGGACAAGAUAUUACAGUCUGCCUCUACCGGCGAGAUUAUGGUCACCAACGACGGCGCCACGAUUCUGAAAGCCAUCGCCCUCGACAACGCUGCCGCAAAAGUUCUCGUAAACAUCUCAAAAGUCCAGGAUGACGAAGUCGGCGACGGCACCACCUCAGUGACCGUGCUGGCGGCAGAGUUGCUGCGAGAGGCAGAGAAGCUCGUCGACCAGAAAAUCCACCCGCAGACCAUCAUCGAGGGCUACAGAAUAGCAAGCACCGCUGCGCUGCAGGCUCUGGAGAAGCUCGCCGUCAACAACAGCAGCAACGAGGAGGCGUUCCGACGUGACCUCGAGGCUAUUGCGCGGACCACAUUGAGCUCCAAGGUGCUCAGCCAAGACCGGACACAGUUCGCGAAGCUGGCUGUAGAUGCAGUCCUGAGGAUGAAGGGCUCCACCGACCUCACGCAUAUUCAGAUCAUCAAGAAAGCAGGAGGAAAGUUGAAGGACUCAUACCUGGACGAGGGAUUCAUCCUAGACAAGAAGUUUGGCGUAAACCAGCCCAAGCGGAUAGAGAAUGCAAAGAUCUUGGUUGCGAACACGGCUAUGGACACCGACAAGAUCAAGAUCUUUGGCGCGAGAGUGAAGGUGGACUCCACAGGCGCGCUCGCGGAUUUGGAGAAGGCCGAACGCGAGAAGAUGAAGGCAAAGGUCGAGCGCAUCAAGUCUCACGGAAUCAACUGCUUCGUCAACAGGCAAUUGAUCUACAACUGGCCGGAGCAGCUCUUCGCCGACGCCGGCAUCUGCUCCAUCGAGCACGCCGACUUUGACGGUGUUGAGCGGUUGGCUUUGGUCACCGGAGGAGAGAUCACAUCUACUUUCGACCACCCAGAGCAAGUCAAACUCGGUCACUGCGACUUGAUCGAGGAGGUGAUCAUUGGAGAGGACACCCUAAUCCGCUUUUCGGGCGUAGCAGCAGGUCGAGCAUGCACCAUCGUACUGCGUGGAGCAACUGAGCAGCUUCUCGACGAGGCUGAGCGAUCACUCCACGAUGCUCUGGCUGUGCUUUCGCAGACGGUCAAGGAGCCGAGAGUGACCUUGGGUGGCGGCUGUGCCGAGAUGAACAUGGCCAAGGCAGUUGCAGAGGCGGCACAGAACGUCGCUGGAAAGAAGGCGAUUGCUGUAGAGUCUUUCUCCAAGGCCCUCCAACAACUGCCCACUAUCCUCGCGGACAACGCUGGUCUAGAUUCAAGCGAUCUCGUCUCUCGACUCCGGAAAGCUGUUUACUCUGGUCUGACCAGCUCUGGACUGGACCUCAUCACUCCAGGCGGCGGCAUCACCGACAUGCGAGAGCUCGGUGUUAUCGAAAGCUACAAGUUGAAGCGCGCAGUCGUCUCUUCGGCUUCGGAGGCAGCAGAGUUGCUUCUACGGGUGGACAACAUCAUACGCAGCGCACCCCGGAGACGGGAGCGCAUGUAGCGACGUGAUGCGACGUGACAAAGCGAUGCUAGAUGCUGCAACAACAAGGCAUCGGCACUAGAUAAAGUGUACAGUACUCGCACAAAGAUAUUUAAUGCAGUCAAAAUGUCAUUGUGGGCGUUGUUC